AUGUCAACUACUCAGAGCGGUACGAACUCCACACCUGCUCCUACCGCUGGUGCUGCCAAUCAACCUGUCAGCCCCGCAACUCCAACAGUUGGCAAUACUGCCGGUACGCCUGCCAAUGCUACCGUGCCCCCUGGUUUUACUCUUGCAAGCCUUGAGUUUGCUGUCACAACCCUCUUUCGAGAGCCCCUCGACAGCCCACUCAUGCUUGCUCUUCGUCGUGAUGGUAGCAAUUGUCUCAUGAAUCUCCUCUUCUUCUCUGAGGAUGAAGUCCGUGAACUGAAAUAUGAUGCACCUCUCAUCGACAAACAUGGGGCGGAUACUGGCCGAACUGAGCUUGUACAGCUUGAACGGCCCCAUCGUGGUACUUUUAGGGUUUUACUUGGAUAUGCCUACCUCCGUCAAACCGUCCAUUGCGAUCCGAUCACUCCGAUCAAUUGCAUGAACAUUGACGUACAGGCAUUCCUAAACUAUCAAUGUAGUGGUGACUUUAUAGUUUUUAAUAAUACUACUUUACCACAACCUCUUGUCUCCAAGCCUGGUCAUCGCAAACCUAUUGACUCAUCCCCUGAUACUCUCCUUCCAACACAGAUGGAGACGAACCCAGGCAGCCAUCUAGCCACCAUACGCAACGAAUUUGCACCCAAACAUGGGGAGCUACAACGGCCAAUGAGCGACAAAUCAGACCGCCAAGCUACAGUAGACGUGAUCAGUAAUCAGUAUAGUGACACUACUAGUCCUACUACUCUUGUUUCUUCCGCUCUACAACCUAGUAUUUGCACGUCUGACGGUGUCAAUAUACUCAAUGGUAGUCGUGCCACACAACUUGUUGGCGCACAAAGCACCAUUAGUAGACCGACACUGAACAAGCGUGACAUUGCAAAUGAUGUCAUAUUCGACUCCAACCUUGAAUGGGACCAAACUCUAUUGGAUCCCAACAUUGACAGGCUGGACGAACAGGGCAAAGUGGUGAUCUUUGCCUUAGUGUCUCUGCCGACAGCACUAGCCACAGCUUGCUCCUUCAGUUGCGGGAAGCGAGCAUGGGGAGUGAUUCUGAUGCUCUUCUUCCUGAACAAGAUGAGACUGACGAGUACCCAAUGGAUUUGGAGAAUGGGGAGCAACAGUGUGUGA